GGGAAGAAGCAGAUGCGGAUCCUCAUGGGUGAGGUCCCGGACAGCGUCACACCUCCGCAUCCCUCCCUGCCUGCCCACGGUGUUACGCCCUCCGCCGCCCCCGCAGCAUCCCAGUACUGCCGCCUUCGCCGCCACCGCAGCAUCUCUGCCCAACCCUGCCCUGGCUUGGUGCACGCCCAGCCCCGGCCCUCUCUUCCUUUCCGGAGGGAGGGGGAGGGGGAAGAGGAGAUGGAGAGGAAACUGAGGCACUGGGUGGAGGGCGAGGGAGGAGAAGAAGGGCCCCCUCCAGCAUUCGGGCCCCACUGUUUGGAAGCCGGGGUGGGGGGGGGGAGGGGGCGAGGUUGGGGAGGAGAAGUAUGGCCUGCCGCCCAACUGGCCCUGCCCUGCAGCCUCCUCCGCUUUGCAGCAGCAGCAGUAACCCAAGCCUGCCGGCGCCCAGGCCCUGGAACCUGCUGGCCUGUGCAGAGUUAAUCCACAGGCCGCCUGCCCACCCCCACGCGAGUCGGCUUGGAUGCCGCAGGCAAGACCACAAUCCUCUACAAACUGAAGCUGGGAGAGAUUGUCACCACCAUCCCCACCAUAGGCUUCCCCCCCUUUUCCCUUUCCUCACAGGCUUCAACGUGGAAACAGUGGAGUAUAAGAACAUUUGUUUCACCGUCUGGGAUGUGGGAGGCCAGGACAAGAUUCGGCCUCUCUGGAGACACUACUUCCAAAAUACUCAGGGUCUUAUCUUCGUAGUAGACAGCAAUGAUAGAGAAAGAGUCCAAGAAUCUGCUGAUGAGCUUCAGAAGAUGCUCCAAGAGGAUGAACUUCGAGAGGCCGUGCUGCUGGUAUUUGCGAAUAAGCAGGACAUGCCCAAUGCCAUGCCUGUGAGCGAGCUGACUGACAAGUUGGGUUUGCAGAACUUGAGAAGCCGGACUUGGUAUGUCCAAGCAACCUGUGCCACACAGGGUACAGGGCUGUAUGAUGGACUGGACUGGCUGUCCCAUGAGCUGUCAAAGCGCUAGCUACCCCUAAUGGAAAAGGGCAAGACCCCUACUGGAAGAAAAUUGCCAGGUUGUGUCUCUUGGACAAUUGGACUCUUGAGGACUCCUGAGGAAGCAUUCCCUGCUCCUACCCACCUCCCCCUUCUUUCACACACACACACACACACACACACACACACACACACACACACACACACACACUCACAGCUGUUCUUGCCUGCAUGUUCUCUCUUACCAGGACCAGAAAGACUAACCCUCUGGGUCCUGGGGGAGGGGCGGGAAAGGGGGUUAUCUUCUGCAUCCCUAGGAACUGUGGAAGCAGCUGCAAGAACCAAGGCCUUCCAGAAAAGAAACUGGGUUGACAUUUGAUUCCAUUAUUUUGGGUGCCCUUCUUGGGGGUAAGUGGGGAGGGGGACCAGACUGGUGCUGUGAUUCAGUGCUGGAUAUUGAAUAAUAAAUUUGCUGUGGUUUGUA